AUGUCAGCUACGACUUCGUCUCAGACCGAUGAGCGGCUACUAUUUGCUGUGCCCAAGAAGGGGCGUCUACAUGACAAAAUCCUUAAGCUACUACAGGGUGCGGGGCUGGACUACUACCGCCCGAAUCGCGUAGACAUUGCACUUUGCUUAAGUCUUCCAGUCACGCUCGUCUUUCUACCAGCGUCUGAUAUUGCCACGUACGUAGGGGAAGGAAACUUGGACCUUGGUAUUACUGGUCAAGACAUCAUUGCAGAGAGCCGGACUAAGGUGGAUGAACUUAUGCAGCUGGGCUUUGGAUGCUGCUCUCUUGGUGUCCAAACGCCGGUACAGGACGCCAUCGCGUCACCAGAGCUACUGGCGGGCAAACGUAUCGUCACGUCGUUUCCAGAGGUGACGCGGGCCUAUUUUAAAAGGUUUGAGACGGAGACUACAGGCCCUACUAAAAUCAAGUAUGUAUCUGGCUCGGUCGAGGCGGCAUGCUCACUCGGAUUGGCGGACGGUAUCGUGGACUUGGUGGAAACGGGGACGACUAUGAAAGCCGCUGGACUGGAACUCAUUUCGACAAUUAUGACCACGGAAGCGGUGCUGAUUGCUAAUCCACAUUCGAAGCAAAAGAAGCUGCUGCACAAAGUGCACCAGCGCAUUCUGGGCUACAUCACAGCCACCAAGUACAGGAUGGUGUCGUACAAUGUGGACAAGGAAAAGUUUGAGGAAGCGUUAAAGAUUACACCAGGACGAUGUUCUCCUACGGUGAACGGACUGGUAGGUGGAGGCUACGCUGUGUCUGCUAUGGUGGAGGUCAAAGACGUGUCCGACGUCAUGGACCAGCUCCAUGACGUCGGUGCCACGGACAUCAUGAUCUUUAACAUUGAGAACUGUCGUGCUUAG